GUCACGCGCAUGCGCCGCUAUCACCUCAGGACAGCUUGCGGCUCCGCGGCUUCUGCUAACUAGCUGAGUCAUUUGUGUCAAGUUUCUCUUCUUUUCGCAAUUUUGAUCAGCCUUGAAAAGCGAUGGCGGCGAGAUACGACAGAGCAAUUACUGUAUUUUCUCCCGACGGUCAUCUCUUCCAAGUGGAAUAUGCACAAGAAGCGGUGAAGAAAGGCUCCACCGCGGUGGGAAUCAGAGGCAAAGACAUUGUCGUUCUUGGUGUUGAGAAGAAGUCUGUAGCGAAGUUGCAAGAGGAAAGGACGGUCCGCAAGAUUUGUGCCUUGGAUGAGCAUGUCUGCAUGGCGUUUGCAGGUCUGACAGCAGAUGCCCGGAUUGUCAUUAACAGAGCACGUGUGGAGUGCCAGAGCCACAGGCUAACUGUGGAGGAUCCUGUCACCGUGGAAUACAUCACACGCUACAUUGCAACACUGAAACAGCGCUACACUCAAAGCAAUGGACGCAGACCGUUUGGCAUCUCCGCAUUGAUUGUUGGCUUCGAUUAUGAUGGGACCCCGCGGUUGUACCAAACUGACCCCUCAGGAACCUACCACGCCUGGAAGGCUAAUGCGAUCGGCCGCAGUGCUAAAACUGUAAGAGAGUUCCUGGAGAAGAACUACACUGACGAAGCCAUUGCCGGUGACAAUGAAGCUAUCAAGCUGGCCAUCAAAGCCCUACUGGAGGUGGUUCAGUCCGGAGGAAAAAACAUUGAACUUGCUGUCAUCAGAAGGAAUCAGCCUCUGAAGAUUUUGGAAUCCAAAGAGAUCGAAACCCUGGUGGCUGAGAUCGAGAAGGAAAAAGAGGAAGAGGCAGAGAAGAAGAAACAAAAGAAGUCCACUUGAGUCUCUAGCAUGAUCUUUCUUUUCUAUUGCACUUGGGUGAGCGUGCUGGAGUGCUGCUUUAAGUGCUCCCGUGUCAAACUUGCAGAGUACCACUGCAUCAGCAGUUUCCAUGGAUUCAGAGUCAAAUCAUUACUCAAUAAAGCUGACUUGU